UUCAAGUGUCUUGAAGGAGGGAAGAUGGGAGACCCCGACAUGAACAAUAAAGAUCGUCGUGAAUUGUGUGAGUUUGUUGAUAAGUAUCUUAAGAAUCUUUAUUAUCAUAGGGAUGUAACUCUCAAGAAUCCGGAUUUUGAAAUUGGAGAGUCUUCUUCAAGGCAUAUGGUGCCAUCCUAUGUCCCGGUCAUGGCACCACCACCUCCUAUGGCGGAAACCAACCAAGGAGCAGCUGAUAUUGAUUUGCAGAUAAGUAACAAUCAAGAAGUUUACAUCCCAGCAGUGAAUCAGGAUGAGUUUCAAUAUCCAAACCAGAAUCAUGAUGGAACUCAAGACCAAGGAUUCAUUGAACAGAUGAUGAAGUAUGGUGAGGAAACAAAUUUUCCUUGGAUGGAUCACAAGCAGUUCUAGACAGCAUCUAUUUGGACGAAGACGACAAUGCCAACAAUGUUAUAUCUCUUUCGUCUUUACCGAUGAUGUUGUUCUCAUGACUUCUCUCUCAGUCACAAAUCUUUGAUUUGUGUUAUGUCUUAUAUUUUUAGUUUAUCCAGUUUAAUUAUGUAAUCUAAACCUCUUCCUAUUUCAAUUUCUGGACUAUAUUAUA